ACAUGUCCAAGCAGCGCCACAAGACGACGGCGAAAGUCCUAAGAAAACCAGUCCCAAAAAAACCGUCAUCAAAAGAAAAAUAGUCCACAAACCAAAGAAAAGAAACAGGAAAAUGAAAAUCCCAAGAAGUCCAAUGAAGAGGAGAGUAAGAGAUGAUGAUGAUGAAAGCAAGAAAGAGACGAGUUCAUACAAGGUCCAAAACCGGUACAAGAUAGAGCAGAGAAACAAAAAGAAAAGUCCAAAUGCAAAAGUGGACGAAAUGCGAGGAGAAAGAAAUCAAAAGUCUCUGUCCGAAAGCCAGUCAACCAAGUCCAAGAGAGAUGAAACAAAGCACAGAAAGCUAAAGAAUGAAAUAGAAUAUAACGCCAAAGUACCACGUGCAAAGCACACCCUCAGGAGGAGACAUACCAGACGAAGCACACCAACAGUCACACGAGCCCGAGUCAUCAUAAGCGGCUGCAGCUGCACAGUGAAUUGCUGACACGGGACGGAAGAUGAGCUUUGAAGAAUUUCAGAA